GUGGACGAGUCUACCUGUUCGUUGACACUUCCGCAAUCAGGUCAACAACCAAAUCGCCACACCUUUCGUCGUUACUCACCUGUUCACGUGUGUUAUAAUAUAACAGUAACUAUAAUGUGUUAUUUGUGAUUUAUUCUAAUAUUAAAAUGGCAGCAGCUUAUUCCCAAAAGGUCAGCGGCCGACUUGGGGCACAAACUCAGAAAGUAAGUAGUGGCUCGCAGCCAAAUCUGACGGGCACGCUCAAUCGCACCCAAGUAGAGCGUCGCCCAGCUCAGUUUAUUUCGGCUAGGAGUCGUCUCGACUCCGAAAGCUCACUUCUCGAUGGGCGGUCAAGCCCGAACACUUUAAAACGUACGGCGAAAUCUCAAGACAGACUCAACAGUUCAAGCAGCACCCUCGGGGGCAGCAGGAGCAACUUAGCUCAGCUCAAGCCCGGCCAGAGGCCAUCGUUUGAUGACGAUGGUCGGAACAAUGCUCCUUACCCACAACAACCAGGAAACAGCCCCAACUACACAAAUGUGCCAACGUACAAAAACAACAGCUACAACGAUAACGACACGUACAGUCAGGUGUCCAGAGACAGGAACUCUCACAACAGCACCAGCAGUUUUUCUAGUGUGUCGUCUAGGGAAGCUGCAGCUAGAGAACCUGCAGCUAGAGAACUUGCAGCUAGAGAACCUGCAGCCAGAGACCCUGGUGCUGUCCCCCGCUCCAUCCCAACAACACCCACAACCCCCUUAGUGCAGGACAGCAAAUUUCAUGAAUUUGAGAAAGUGCGAGUGGACUACAUGAGGCGAGGCAAGCUUUAUGAAGACACUGUAUUUCUACCCAGCAAUACAUCUGUUUAUUUCAGCAGAGAACCUCCCAUACCUCUGGAGUGGACCCGGGCCAAGGAUAUAGCUCGUAGCAACAGACAAGCAGCCAAAUUUUUCUUGAACAACAUAGAUAACUUUGACAUUGUACAAGGAGAGUUAGGGGACUGCUGGUUCGUAGCUGCCUUAGCAAGCCUCGUCAACCCAGACCAUCGUGCCUUGUUUGAAAGAGUUGUACCUCCUGGCCAAAGUUUUGUAGAAAAUUGGUAUUCUGGUGUCUUCCGCUUCAAUUUUUGGCACUUUGGUCAGUGGAAGCAGAUUCUUGUGGAUGAUCUUCUGCCAACCUCCCGAGGAAAACUUGUGUUUGUACACAGCACACAGCUCAAUGAGUUCUGGUCUGCCUUGAUGGAGAAAGCUUAUGCCAAGCUGUAUGGGUCAUUUGAAGCUUUAAAAGGGGGACAACUGAUAGAUGCCUUGGCAGAUAUGACAGGUGGAGUAGCAGAACAUUAUGAUAUUAAAGGUGCUCUGCCCACCCUGCCAGCCAACAUAGUGAACAUCUUGUACAAGGCUCUAGAUCGCAUGUCAUUGAUAAGUUGUAACAUUGAUAGUCUUCAGACAACAACACUUGCUAAUGGCCUGGUGACUAGACACACCUACAGUAUAACAGACCUUAGAAGUAUCCGUACUGGCCAGCAGCCUGUGAACCUGAUCAGGUUACGUGACCCCCUGGGUCACAAUGAAUGGCGAGGCAGAUGGAGUGAGAGAUCUCAAGAAUGGCAACAGAUCUCACUAGAUGACAAAUCAAAACUUGGCCUCAUUAUAAGAGAUGAUGGAGAGUUCUGGAUGGAUUUGGAAGAUUUCCUGGCCACUUUUGACACUCUUGAAAUCUGCAACUUGCCAGCAGAUGCUCCACUUGACGUGCCAAAAAGAUGGCAUACAGUGGAGCAUCAUGGGAGGUGGAUUGAAAGUUUCAAUGCUGGUGGACGACCAAUCAAAGAAGGAACCCACUGGUCCAACCCACAAUAUCUACUGCAGCUCUAUGAGGUGGAUGAGGAUGAACAAAACCUCUGCACUGUUAUUGUUCAGCUGAUGCAAAAAGAUCGCAGAAAAAUUAAACAGAAAGGAGAGCAGUUCUUGUACAUUGGUUUUUGUAUUUAUCCUUGUGAGAAAGGCUACUCUCUCCCAUUAAAUAAAGAAUAUUUUGACCACCAUAGAGAAGUGGCCAGCUCUGGGUCAUUCCUCAACGCUCGCCAGAUAACCAAGAGAGUGAGCCUCCCACCUGGGGAAUAUGUCAUUGUUCCCUGUACUUGGGACCCUAAUGAAACAUCAGACUACUACAUCCGUUUCUUCUUUGAGAAAAAAAAUAUGGCUCAGUACUGUGAUGACAAACCAGAAAAAACAGAUGUUUCCCCUUCAUCUCCCCUUCCUGAGCCUAAGGCAGUGGAGGAAAACUUCCGAAGUUUUUUCUACAGGAUAUCAGGAGAGGACAUGGAGCUGAAUUCAUUCGAUCUCUGUGAUGCUAUCAAUGAGAACUUGAAAAGAGAUUCAUAUCAUUAUGAUGUGAGCCUUGAAGCUUGCAAAUCCUUUGUUGCUUUAAUGGAUUCGGAUGGCAGUGGACGCAUUGGAUUCCCUGAAUUCCAGGUGCUAUGGAGUCACAUCAGAAACUGGAAGAAAGUUUUCCUUGAAAAUGAUGUCAACAAUUCAGGUUUGAUCGACUCAAGAGACUUGAGACCAUGUGUCAAUGCCCUUGGUUACAAAAUUUCAAACAAAACAUUGGCGUCCCUUAUCUUUUGUUUUGCUGAUAAAAGUGGGAAGAUCAGACUGGAUGAUUUCCUUAUGCUAAUGAGUCGGUUGAUGAAAUCUUUCAACACAUAUCAAGAAUUCCAGAAAGAUGGGGUAGUAACUCUCUCACUAGAUCAGUGGCUGGAGAAAAGUGUCAAGUAAAAAUGUACUGGCUCAAGUUUCUUCAAGGAACCCAGUCUUCAAUACUGCUGGCUUGUCAUGUGCCUAUUUUAUUAUCUAAUCCAAGAGAGAUUUUUUGAUUUAAAGGAAUAUUUUUCAUGUUAUGUAACCGAAGAAGUACAAUGUUAUGCCUGUAUAUUGAAAGCAUGAUUUACAUUUGCAUGAACUGCUCAAUACUAAGAUGUAGACCUUUAUUACAAUAUUAGUAUUUUCAGCAUAAUACUUUAAGAAGUAAUUAUUGUUUUGCUAAAAAAUAUUAUAGGCCUACUUAAGUACUUUUUUCACAUGACAUUUAGGUUUUCAAUUUUUUGUUUUUGUAAAUAAUACAUCUAUUUAAAACAAGAAUUUUAAAUAUAAAAUAUCAUUAAAUAUAUUUUUUAAACAUUUUUAAAUAAAAUAUUUUACUUGUUUGUAAAUAAGGUUUAAUUACAGAAAUACCUUGAAUUUUGCCUUUAAUUAUUUAAUAUAUUUUAAAUUUAUUUGACAAAAUAUUUGGACAAAGUAAUAUUAAAUUACUUAAAUUAAUUCCACUAACAUACAAAUAAUAUUUUGUUUAAAAAAUGCAUAGUUCUGUAUAAAUGAAUUUACUAAUUUAAAAAACUAAAAGGAAAUUAGAUGUAGAACACUAUUUACAUCAACUUAAGCUAAAAGGCUGUCAUUAAAUGAUGCCACAUUUAUUAUACUGCAGUGCUAAUUGAUAACUAGUAUAUAUUCAAACCUCCAAAUUUGUUCCAGAGAAAUUUGGUCAUUUUUUUCAUUGCGAUUUUGCACAGGUACAUCCAGAUUUUCAUCUUCUUGAAUGUUCAAAUAACUAAUAAUUUUUCUAACAGAUAUUUUCUCCAAAAAUCUGGUCAUUUAAGUUCUAGAAUUAUGUUAGCUCAAAAUCUAGUGAGUACAAAACAUUAAUACUUUAAAAAAAAAGUUCACAAAAUUGUGAAAUUAAAUAGUAGGGUGCUGUGGCCUGCAAUUCAGUAUAAACAGGUUUAAUUUCUGUACAGUAUUAUAUUGCACAUUGCAAAAUUUGCUAUUUUUAGUAUUCACCAUUAAAAACAUUUCAUGCGCUGUGAAGAAUUAAUACUUGCUGUCUUUUUAAAACAAAUUAAAAUAAGGGACAUCCAUAUUUAUUUUGCUUCCCAUAAUGCCUUGUAUAUAUGAGCUUGCCAUAAUUUAUCAAGUAGGCCUACUGGUUGUGAUAUCAACUCUAACAAUAUUUCACUGUGUUGUAUAGAACAUUCCAUUUUUUAUAUUUCAUAUUUUAACACCCUGAGAUUUGUUUAGUUGCAUUUAUUUAUAAUAUAGUAGUUUUAGCAAUUAAAAACUGAUCACACUUGUAAUUAGAAUAAUCUUCAGAGAUCUGGUUUUUAUAUUCUUUGUUCAGAACAAAUCUCUUAUUAGGCUGAUAUUUUUAAAAGCACAAAUUUAGUUUUUUUAAAUAGCUGUAACAUUCCAGUUAUAGAGCUGUCUAAUGAUACAUUCUGUGAUCAUGAUAAAUUUUCCUCAGUUCUGAAAAUUUCUGUGUAAAAUUUUUUGAGUUAAAUUUCUUGUAUUUAAAGUAGAACUGUGGGAUCAUAAAGAAAU